GUGUAUUCUAGAGAAUAAGUCUUCAAACAUCUUUGCCAUAUUGACUCCGAGUUGCCAGGGGACUCAGGCUUAUGAGGAGGUACUGUCACACAAAACAGUGUCUAGUGAAGACGACAAGAAAGUGGGGAAAGGAUUGGAAAAAGAAGCUAAAACGCUAUAGAAAACCAUGAGAUCUAUUAGAUCUUUUGCCAACGAUGAUCGCCAUGUUAUGGUGAAACAUUCAACAAUCUAUCCAUCUCCGGAGGAACUUGAAGCUGUUCAGAAUAUGGUGUCUACUGUUGAAUGUGCUCUUAAACAUGUGUCAGAUUGGCUCGAUGAAACAAAUAAAGGCACAAAACCAGAGGGUGAGACAGAAGUGAAGAAGGAUGAGGCCGUAGACACCUAUUCCAAGGAUCAAGGUGGUCGGACAUUGUGUGGUGUAAUGAGGAUUGGCCUGGUUGCAAAAGGCUUGCUGAUUAAAGAUGAUAUGGACUUGGAGCUGGUUUUAAUGUGCAAAGACAAACCCACAGAGACCCUGUUAAAUACAGUCAAAGAUAAUCUUCCUAUUCAGAUUCAGAAACUCACAGAAGAGAAAUACCAAGUGGAACAAUGUGUAGAUGAGGCUUCUAUUAUAAUUCGGAAUACAAAAGAGCCCACGCUAACUUUGAAGGUGAUACUUACUUCCCCUCUAAUUAGGGACGAAUUGGAGAAGAAGGAUGGAGAAAAGGUUGCGAUGAAAGAUCCUCCGGACUUAUUGGACAGGCAGAAAUGCCUGAACGCCUUGGCGUCUCUUCGACAUGCCAAAUGGUUUCAGGCAAGGGCAAACGGAUUAAAAUCAUGUGUAAUUGUCCUCCGCAUUCUGCGUGAUUUGUGCAACAGAGUUCCCACAUGGGCACCAUUAAAAGGAUGGCCACUAGAGCUUAUAUGUGAAAAGUCUAUAGGUACUUGUAAUAGACCUUUGGGCGCUGGGGAGGCCUUGAGACGAGUAAUGGAGUGUUUGGCAUCUGGAAUACUACUUCCUGGGGGUCCUGGUCUACAUGAUCCUUGUGAGCGAGACCCAACAGAUGCUCUCAGCUAUAUGACCGUCCAGCAAAAGGAAGAUAUUACCCACAGUGCACAGCAUGCACUCAGACUAUCAGCCUUUGGCCAGAUUUAUAAAGUGCUGGAGAUGGACCCCCUUCCAUCUAGUAAGCCUUUUCAGAAAUAUUCCUGGUCAGUUACUGAUAAAGAAGGUGCUGGGUCUUCAGCUCUGAAGAGGCCAUUUGAAGAUGGAUUAGGGGAUGAUAAAGAUCCCAAUAAGAAGAUGAAACGAAACUUACGGAAAAUUCUGGAUAGUAAAGCAAUAGACCUUAUGAACGCACUAAUGAGACUAAAUCAGAUCAGGCCUGGGCUUCAGUAUAAGCUCUUGUCUCAAUCUGGCCCCGUCCACGCCCCAGUCUUCACAAUGUCUGUAGAUGUGGAUGGUACAACAUAUGAAGCCUCAGGACCAUCCAAGAAAACAGCAAAACUUCAUGUAGCAGUGAAGGUGUUACAAGCAAUGGGAUACCCAACGGGCUUUGACGCAGAUAUUGAAUGUAUGAGUUCCGAUGAAAAAUCAGAUAAUGAAGGCAAAAAUGAAACAGUGUCUUCAAACUCAAGCAAUAAUACUGGAAAUUCUACAACUGAAACCUCCAGUACCUUAGAGGUCAGAACUCAGGGCCCUAUCCUCACAGCAAGUGGCAAAAAUCCUGUCAUGGAGCUCAAUGAAAAAAGAAGAGGUCUUAAGUAUGAACUCAUCUCGGAGACGGGUGGAAGCCAUGACAAACGCUUUGUAAUGGAGGUAGAAGUAGAUGGACAGAAAUUCAGAGGUGCAGGUCCAAAUAAGAAAGUGGCAAAGGCAAGUGCAGCUUUAGCUGCCCUGGAGAAGCUGUUUUCUGGACCCAAUGCAGCAAAUAAUAAGAAAAAGAAGAUUAUCCCUCAGGCAAAGGGUGUUGUGAAUACAGCUGUGUCUGCAGCAGUCCAAGCUGUUCGGGGCAGAGGAAGAGGAACACUAACAAGGGGAGCUUUUGUUGGGGCUACAGCUGCUCCUGGCUACAUAGCUCCAGGCUAUGGAGCACCGUAUGGUUACAGCACAGCUGCCCCUGCCUAUGGUUAAUACUUUUAAGCAGUUUUCAGCACGUUUAUCUCACUUUAUUCUCGUUCUCCUCGGACCUUCGUAGCCAUAUCACUUGUAUAAAAUAGGCUGAGAUCUAGUGACUGUAAGCUGUGGUCUCAGUAAACAAAGGUAAGCUCUUUUAUUUUCUGAUUAAAGAGAAAAAUAACUAAAAGUCAAUGAACACAACGUGCAUAUAUGACAAUCAUACAGGAUGUAUUUGAUCUCUUAGGUCUUAUGUCAUCAUAUUACCUUUAAAAUUUUUAUGAUCUAAAUGUAAAAUAGUUAUUUUCAGCGUUUGUUUUAAUACCCUUGUAAUUACUUUUUAUUCAAGAGAGACAUUUCACUUUUACGAGUUAAAUGUGUAUAUGUGUGUAGAAACUUACGAUAUUACAUGUAUGUGAAUUACACACAUGGACCUGUUUAAAUAAAAGAAUUCGGUGGUGGGAAGAGUUCACCUGAGAAGACUUUAACGUCAGGGCACUCUUUUGGCCAAAGUGCUGGAAUUUUAUAAGCCGUGAGGUUGGUAACAUUGCCCGUAGGACCCAUUUACGCGUAGCUGUUACACAAACGGAGGAUCAAAGUGCCAAUUUCUCAAGGAGAGAAAUUUUUCUGAGAAAUGAAAAUCUCUGAUCUGUGUUGUAUGCCCUAAUACAACAGCAGCAAGAAGCCAUAAAAAGAAAAAGCAAUAGAAAACAAACAAAAAAAACCAAAAUAUUAAGGUAACUAUGGAAGAAUAUGUAAUUGACUGAGUUAAGCUAUUUGUAGAACCAACUUUGGCAAGACUCAGAAUGGUAAAUACCCAGUCUGCAGAGACCAAAUAGACGGAAGGCAGUUCGUCUAUCUGUCUUUUCCAGGUUAGGCAGCUAGACGAUUGAUUUCCCACCUGACUCAGCCAUCAUGAAGUUCAUUUAAAAGAUGGGAGGGUUAGGCCAAAUAUUUUAGUAAGGGUUUGCUUCAUUUAGUGUGUCCCAUAAAUACAUUUUAUAUGUGUUAGAUGUUCUUUGCUGAGGCCAUAUUUGAUAUAUAGAGAUUAAAAUGAAUUUCAUGUUUUAUAUGUCUCUAAGUAGCAGUUUUCUUGUUAUUACUAACUUUGAAGGUUGCUGGAACAUUUUUUCCCCGUACAAAACCUGUACUAUGUCGAAUGUGGUUUUGGCAUCUGUAGAAGGUUGUAUGAGGUCUAGCUAACUAGUACUACAUACAUUCCAGUCCUUAUCGAGCAGCCGGGGUGCCCAUUAUGUGCCAGGUCCUUCUCUGGGUACUAGCGAAACAGUGUCUCUGCCCAGUGAAAACAUUUCAAGUUCGAGAGUCUCCUUGUUGGUGGAAUUGGGCCGAUUAUAAACUUCCUAGGGUGGGAGACAAAUGAUGCAUUAGCAGUGUCAAAAGAUAAUUAACUUGGCUAGUAGUUUAUAAAUUAUUUAAUAAUGUAGGCCCUCAGAUAUCACUGAACUGGCCUGGCCAUCAUUUGGAAAUUCACUCAUUUUAAAUAUUUCCCUGGCAGUUUUGAGAGCCUGAAACCAACUCUGGUUUAUGUUCAUGGCCCUCUCUCCAAGUAAGUGAAUGGAAUGAAAUGAAGAACAAAUAUUCCAGUCCUUUAAAGCAGUUUUAUAGUAUAGCAGAGACCAAAGUGGUUGCUUUAAACACUGACACCAUUUUUUCGAUGACAAGUGAGGGGAAUUUUACCCUUAUAAUCAUCAUUCAUUAUAACUUACCUGUUUGUUAGAUUUCUUUAAUAACUGCAGUGGAGGCAAAUCUUUAGUAGUGAGUUAGGGGAAUGAACUAAGAUUUGCAGAUCCGCCCCCACCCAUUCCCCCCAGCAGUUAGAUUUCUAGCAAUCUAGAGCCCGAGGAACUAGGGACAUUAGGAGCCGUUAAAGCUGCUCUGUGAAUGUGGUCCUCCGGUACCUCCCACUCAGCACUGGCCUGUGUGUCCUGGGGCGGUGGGGUUAGAGGGAGCAGGGUUAGAGGGGCAGGGUCUCUCUGAAGUCCUCAGAGCAAGAAACGUCCUGCUGUAUUUGUACUUGCAAACUAUAAGGAUCUGAUGCCAUGCAGUGACCAGAGGUUUCUCAGUGUUACUAGGAGGCCUGGAAGGGAGACAGGUAGCGAACGAGUAGCGGCCAGAGUUAAGUUACUGCCUGCUGCUGGGAUGCGGUGCAGCACGAAUGUCUCUAGCAGGAGCUUACAGAGCGCACGCUAGUACUUCUUACAUAAGAAGCUGCUCUUCCCUUCCUCAUCCCAUCUUCCAGAGAGGCGGUUUUAAGUCCAGAACCGAAGCUGAGUUAGCUAUAAGAAUAGAUCUCCUUUCCCACGUUAUCAUUUUAGGUAGGAGCUAACAGCUUCCAUUGAUACUUGACGCAGUGAUCUUUGGAGAUUUUUAAAAAAUAGCUCCGUACUGCAAAUUAGGUUAUGUAAGCUUUACAGCAUAGCUAGAAAUAGGGAGUAGAAACCAUGUGGGAAUCUGGGCCAAAGCAUUUCUCUCCCUCCAGCAAAUUCCCAUGAGGCAUGGGGAUUAGAUGAGUUAAUUCACAUAAGGUGCUUGGAAUAGUACCUGGUGCACAGUAAGUACUCAGGAAAUGUUGACAGUUCCUAUCACGGUUGGCUGAAGGGACAGAAGGUAUGUGAGGGAGGCACCAAGACUGUGCUGGCAGGUAGGGCAGAAGCCAGUGCAUGGCCUGCUCAGGGGGAGCUGCAUUGGUUCCUUGGUAUUUAUAGGUUUGGGGUGCUUCCACACUUUGAGAGAGGACCCCUGGCAUCUGGGGACUAAACAGGAAGCAUAAAGCAAACACUUAGCGGGAGAGGUAGUGUGGGGAGGUCGCUGCAGAUCCGUGCUGACUGAAAAUGCUCGCGUUUCUGUGUUGGUGGUGAAAUCACUGGCCCGUCUCCUGCCAGGGAGUUGGAAAUACCUGCUUAGGGAUGUAAGUGUGCUUAGAACUUCAAAAGGGCUGAGCUUAGAACAUCACUGGCUGAUUCCAGCUUUCUUCCCAGUGCAUUAAUAAGAAAAAGAGGUGUGUGAUUGCAGCUAGCAUGGGAAGCCAACAUCCAGAGCUCGCCAGUGUUUGGCAGGUAGAAAGCAAGUUGCUAUAAACCACAGAAAGAGGAGCCUGGGUGGCAUGCCUAGAAGGCCACGGACUUCUCUAGAAGUCAGUCUAGAAGGCCGAUGCUUCUCUGCACAGCAUUCCUGCAGCGUCUCUCUCCCAGUCCGCUUCAGCGCUUUGGAACAAAUUGGCACUCGUCACCACGUGAGGCCUCCCGGGGGUGUGAAUCUUAGAAAAAUCACGUCUGCCUGUCCAUCCAUCUCCUUCUCUUUUUGGAAAAGGAAGAUGGGUAGAUGGUCAGACGGGCGCCGUCGGUUAUACAGCUUCUGGUCUCCUUCUGUACAGGCUUUGGUUGCCCUGAGGAAGGGUGGGCAGGAGCGUGCGUCCCUGUCUGUGAGCAGGUGGUACUGAACGCUCGGUGGGGAUUACAGACGGAGUUCUCGCUCUCUUUUUUUUAGGUUGAAUUCUGUGACGCUCUAAGUUUAUAAAAACUGUGUAGACAGGGACUGAGCAUUACCUUUAAAGGCAAAUAAGACAGGCUUGCCUGAUAGUCAAGAGGGUUUUUUGUUUUUGUUUUUUUUCCUUUUAAUUGUACCAAAGGCAUUUAUUGUUUGCAAUGGUAAGUGAAAGAGGAGGGGACUCAGCAGCCCCCAGCUCCAGGGGAAACUCCAAAGACCUGCUCUCUCACUGCAGCCCCAAAGCGGAAGGCUUUUCUUGACUUAAGUAUCAAGAGAUACUCCUAUAACCAAUGUCCUGGCAGAAGCCACCGCGCGCCCCAGCUGUGGCUGUUUGGAGGAGCCACUGCCUCAAUGAGCCAAGACUGAGGGAGGCCUUUCUUUCCUUUUUUCUUUCCUCCUCUCCCCUGCCACCCCCCCCCGCCCCCCGCCUUGACCAGUCAGUUUAACUUGGUCCUUCUAAGGAGGGUCUUGGUCUUUACUUGGCAGAACUUUGCCUUUUCUGCAGACGGCGCUGCCUUUGCUGGGGUAUCGUCUGCCCAGGCAGCUGGAGGGAGGCUGGCUAGCGCGUCCCAGCCGGAGGUGUCGGCGGUACCUCCUUGGCUGCUUCUGGUCCACAGGAGGAAACGGUAGCCUGGCUGCGGAGCGGUCAUUCUCUUCGCACGGCCUCAGGGCCGGUCUCUCAGUCUUGGUCUGGUUUCACCUACCGUGAUCCUGCGGAAGGUUGGGAAGAAUGGUCUCUGCCUUACCUGUCAGCUAAAUGUUUUCAGGGAGUGAAGGCAAUAACAGCCUUCCGUUUAAGUUAUUUUGGGCUGUGGGCAGCGGCAGAUUGAAGGAACAGAAGAAAGAAAAGGAAGAAAUGCUCAAAUUGCUCUCUUGUGUGGGCCAGGCACUCAGACAUUCUUCUCCAACAAGCUUCUUGGAGGUAGGAUUCUUGUUUUACAACAGAAGAGACCGAGGCUCGGAGUUAAGCACUAGAGUUAGGAAUGAAACCCCACUGUGUGUGAUGCUAAAGCCUCGUUCCGUCACGCCACGUGCGCAGUGGGUGCCGUCUGGACCAGGGUGAGGGGAGCACUGUGUGGCCGGAAGGAGGUGUGCAGGCAGUGGGCCGGGUCGAUCGGGGCCUUCGGGGCACAGGGCCUUGAGCUCAAAGGCUCCUGUGCUGAAGCCAGGCUCUCUGACUUGAGGUUGUUCUGGACCAGAUAUCCUGGGCUUUUAGGGCUAUUUUCUGUUAGACCAAUUGGAUAAGGUUGUUUAAUAAACUGGAAAGAUAGGCUAGAAGACUAAGGUGUGGCUGCAUUUUAAACAAAGGAAGCUGUUGUACUUCAAGCUUGUUUUUUCUGUUUGAAUAUCAAUGAGCACUUGAGGUCUUUGCUUGCAUUUAGCUAAUGGUUUGUUUACUGGUAAUGGGAGUGCUUUGAAGACUUGAGCCUGGUGAGGUUUUGAGUUAUGGGGUAAAAGGAAGAGGACCCCAGGUUUGAGGGGUCCUGGGGGAGUGGCAGGGGGCAGUGGCCUGUCCUGAUCAGCAGGACUUUCCCAGUCGAGGCUUCAGGACGGGCUGCCAGCCUGAAGGUAGCAGGCAGGCCCCCUGCCCCAACCCCAGUUGGGCCGUGAUUGGUGAUCCCCACUGGGGUGGCUUGGAGGUCUUGUGAGCCACGCUGCCGCCCUUGUCCCUUCUCCCAUUGCUACACACCUGGCUGCUGGCUCCUUUGCUGAUGAUGGCCACUUGGGUCUCUGCCUGGGGAUGGAGACCGAAUCCUCUCCGGGGCAGAACAGUUCUCCCUCACCACAGGGCACGGUCCUUGGCAGUAGGCCGUUUCUCCGUGCCAUCUGCCAGGAUGCUGGAGGGGGGCAGGAAGAAGGAACGGUUUUAAACCCCGCUUGCCCGAGUUCCAGAAUAGUGACUUGUGUGUGAGCGGGGUGAGCACCUGUCCCAACGCUCCCUUAGUUCUCUCCCAGGGGCCGCUCCGGCGCCGCCGCGGCGUGUGCUUCGUUUCCACGGUGCGGGCCAGGACGCAGAAGCCCACAGCCUCGCCAAGCCCCCCAGCUUGUUUGUGGCCAAACACUGUGGCUCCUAAUAAGUGAGUUUUUAACCACACAGAAGAAAUAACAUGUCUUCCACUGUUUUGGGAGUAAACAGAAGCCCUUUCUUAGAGAUGAGAUUUAAAUUACACCCCAACUGUGGGACCCAGAAAUGAUCUCCUUUUGCAGAUGAGGAAAUGGAGGCUCAGCCACAAUGACCUGCCCCAAAUUACACAGCCCUGCCACCGGCUCAGCUCGGCCCCCCGGCCUGAUAGCACUCACCGUGUGCAGUACUGGUGGUUUGUGACCCUGCGGGGCACUGCUGCCCGCCCCGUUUUCCAAACCGCCGGGCUGCCGGUUCCCCUCGGCGCUGUGAUGCAUUCCCCGGGCCUCCCUUCCAGCUCCUGGAGUAGAUCCCUUGUGGUUGGAAACAAAAUAAGCAGAAACCUACGCUCCCUCUCCUUCCCUUACCCCCUGCCAUGUGGGGAGAAAAGGAUCCCGACUUCAGGCUUUCUGGUCUGGUUCCUUUGGAGAACUGUUCGUGAACUCGCCCCGGGCCGGGGGACGGACAGGUUAGCCUCAGCUCCAUCUGUUUCCGCACCAUCUUUUUUGCUCCGUAACCGGACUCUGCCACCAUGUGCAAGUCAGCGAUGGCUGUUGGAGACCCCCAGGGGCCGGUGAGGGGGCGCAGGGUGCAGUUAGGGUUGUACUUUGUGUAUUCAGCUUCACCGGCAUUUUGGCUGUCAUCUGUCCCUGCCCAGGCCUUCAGUGUGUGCUCCUGACCAAAGGGGUCACCCUCACAGUGACACGUACCUGAGUGCUCAGAUGCUGGGAUCUUGUCGGACCCAUCCAUUAUGGAGACGGUCUCAGAAGUUGCUCAGCUUUCUAACACCCCUCAUGUCCCUAGAGGCUACAUAAGGAAAAUAUUGUGGGCAUCCUGGAUGUGAGAAACCUCUGGAAGGUGGCACCUGGGGAACUCUGGAAAGCUGAAAGCCCCUCAAAAAGAGAUUCACUGAGGUUGAGGAAGGGGAGGACUUAUCCCUUAGCUAUUUCAAAGGGUUCUCUUUACUUGUAUGUGGCUCUAGAAGGGUAAGGAUGGUUAUAGAAAGCCGGUUGGGCAUUUUGGGCUAACAUGUGCUUCCCAUGAUGACAGGGCUGCCCUGGGAGAUUAGGUAUGGUGAGAAAUGGGGCCCAUGGUACCAGGAACGUUUAAGCAAGCUGUUGGCAUAGUGCAGAGGAAUUCCUUCCAUGGGAUAUCAGGUUUGGAAGGAUGCUGAUAUCUGAUGCAUAUGGGGACACUGUUGAGAGCACUUCUCCCCUCUUGGACACAUGGAGUCGUUGAGAAAUCUUCACUGUCACCUGCUGCUGCUUACCAGGCUCUGCGGUGGGGCAGAAGGAACAGCUGGAGAGAACGGGAGGGUUUCCGGCUUAGACAGCAGAGUAGGUGAGCCUGUUGCCCGAGAGGAGUACACGGGAAGAGAGAGGCGUUGCCCGGGCGUCUGACAGGUCAGCGCCGUCUUCUGUGGUUGGCAAAAACUCUGGCGGGCCUUCCGCUCAGUGCAGGAGCCAGGCCUGUGAGGGCUGAGGACCUGAGCGGCUCUGACUGGAGUGCCAAAGUCUUCCCCCCGAGACGGCCACCCGAGCUGGGUGGGAGGCUGCCAGGAGGGUCGUGAGGAGAGCUUUGAAGAAAGGGCUGGUGUGGCAGCGGGGGGCUGGCGGGGGGGGGGGGUGGCGGCACGUGGUGCGCGCGGAAAGGGCGUGGCCUGGAGCAGCGUGAAGUUACUCCCUCCCGGGAACUGGGACGGUCAGAAGGGUGGUGACCGAUGGUCAGAAGGGUGGUGACCGAUGGGACGUGUAAUUUGGAGUCAGUUGAGGGAAGGCCCUGGGUACUGUGCCCUUCAGUGAUCAUCCUCUUCUAAAAUGGUCAGAGUAUUCUGGAGGGUUGAUUUGGACAGUUGGAUGGGGAAGGACCGGAGGUGGGAGGCAGAGGCCGCCACAGAUGCAACAAUGGGGUCUCUUCACAGGCCGGGCUCUUCGCCCCAACUGAGUGGGAGGAUGGAUGUGGUGGCACCCAGGAGGGGGCCAGGGAACCACAGUGUCCUAAGGGUAGUGUGGGGGGGGGCACUGCCCAAGCACUUCUCCUGGGCCUCUCUUCAGUAGGUCACCGAGAGGACAGUGGUACUGGGGCCAAGAUGGGGAAGGUGGGGGAGGGAGGAAGGUGCUGGCAGGGCAGGGAGUUGACAGGAGAGGGGUGGCAGUGUGGCAAAAGCCCUCUCCUUUGGGCUGGGGAGGGGGAGUUCGGUGGGGCCCAGUCCUCGCUGGCGUGAGGGGUGAGGCCUCCUGUGCUCUCUGGCAGUAGACAGGGUUGCAGCCCGGCCAGUCAGCAUCUUACCCUUUCCCCAAGCGUUCCCACACGUCUGCCCUGCUGGGUUCGCCAGUCAAAGGGAGUCCCAAGUACUGGGUGUUCAUUCGUGCAGAGGCCUUCUGUUUUGUGUGUGUUUUUUAAAGCAAUGUUUUGGUUUCUUUACCUGGGCAAGGUCUGGAGCUUGGAUUCUUGGACGCUGAGUCUGGAUUUAGCAUCUCUGGAACACGGUCUGUAGCUGGUGGGAAGUCGCUGACUGGCUUUACAGAGGACUUUAACGAGGGGAAGAACAGCACGAUGACUUUGGUGUCUGCUCAGGCCUGCCACCUGGGGCUCAUCCCGGACAGUGGCACGCAGGGCCGCGGCGUCAGGGUGGCUCUCUGCACCUGUUACUUCUGUAGCUCUGCUGGGGAUUAAGGUUAAAGAGGCAGCUACAGUUUUGAACCUUCAGGGCAGAGCUAUGAAAGGUUACAGGUGCUCUGAGACACGGAUCCCUGCAGCCUUUGGGGUGGCCAGAACCCCAGGGCCCAGUGUCUCUUAACUACAAGCGGCCUUGCUUUCUGUCCCAGCAGGCCACCUUAGUGUCACCUGUGUGCACCCUAAUGAGGAAGGCUGUGGGAGCACUGCCUUAGUCCUGUCGUUGGCGGACUCUGGAAAGGGACAGACAGUCUUUCGGGCUCCACGGACGACUCAAGACUCACGGCUAAUCAGCCAGGCUGUGGGGGCACAGGCGCAGCCAGAGACGGUGCUGAACACAGCGCAGCUGCGACCCCACCAACUGUACUUAAACAAACCAACGCUCAACAGGUAGUGGGCCGUGUUUUGCCAACCUGUCUUAGACUGUAGAGACUGCUCACCCCUUGGCUUAUUGAAUAACAUGAUUGGAAACGUCCUUCCUUCCGCUGCCUGGCCCAUCCACGUUCCCACCAGGGCUUCCUGAGAGCGUCUGUCCUGUGUGAGCGCUGAGGAGGAAGGUGCAGUCCUGGCCCGUAAGGAUCACAGGUUUUGAGUGAGUGUGUCGGUGGCGGGGGCGGGGGGCUGCAUUGACAGGUGAGAGCUAAAUACAGAGCAGAAUGGUGCUCAGGGAAGUCCAAGGUGACCGGGGCCCCGAGGAGAGAAGGGCUAAGGGUGAAUCAGGAGAGCCGUAGGAAGGAAGCUGCUCUGGAGAGGAGAGGGUGUGUGUGUGGAACACCAGGAACCGCGCCGUCAGGCGGGCACAUGGGGCCCAGCCUGGGAAGGGCCCUGAGUGCCGGGCCGAAGAGCAUGGGACCUCAUUCUCCGGGCGCUCGGGAGCCAGGGAGAGGUUGUGUGCAAGAUGGUAAACUCAUCACAGAUGCAUUUUAGAUCCAGCACUCUCGUCGUGGAAGACCAGAUCUGUGGUUACAAAUGGUAUCUGUAUUUCGUCUGGGCUUUUUGGGCAAGAACUUGGUUAGAGUUGGUAAGUUGGAAUGAGAGGACAAGAGAGUUGGUCUUUCUGGCCAUUGGCUUUAGGGGGCAGGGAGUCCCCCCACUUUGGGCAGGGCUUGAUAAAAUCCUCCACAUCCAGGCUCUUGCUGUCCUAAAGACCAUUGACCAGGGCAAGACAAAUUGAACAUUCGGUCUUAAGCCAGAGUUAGAGUUUGGCCUGGGGCCUUGGUGUGAGGGUAAAAGUGAGCUCCCUCCCUCUCCAGAAUUGAGUUCAGGGCAGGAGGGCUUCCAGGCAGGACUCACUUCCGUCUGCAUGCAGCCAGCCCACAGGACGGUCGGGACUCUCAAGAAGCCUACACACUCUUGAGGCAGGAGGUGUGUGUGUGUCACAGGCUAAAGCCAGCCCUGCUGGGUGUAUCACAGCCUGCCUGAGGCCAGGCCUUCCACUGGGUAUGGGGGACAGUGAGGUGAGUCACUCAUGGUGCCUGCCCCAAGGUGCUCGAUGUAGUUGGGGCAAUGAAAACAACUAUAAAUGUAUAUAGUGCUUUCUGCUUUCCAGAUCGCCUCCCCCCCCCGAAGUUUCUGGGCAGGGGAAGGGAGCUGCUGUAGUGGAGCAUCGGAGAGGUGCUAAGUCCGGGGGCUGGAAGCCGCCCUCAUUCUCCUUCGGGGAGGAGGGGGCUGCGUGCUUCCCGCGCAGUGACAGGAGCUGCCGUGGCAGGGCCCGAUCUGAGUGCCUGCACACAUGCCCUCCCCGGGCCCCCAGCAGGCCUGUGGCAGUAGGUGAGGCUCCCCCGCAGCUGCAGGUGCUUUGCACGUGGUCUGCCCGCACCCUGGUCCUCUGGAGCCCCAGACUGGAGGUGAGGGGUUGGGUGCUACCCUGGGCAGGUGGUGCUAGGAAACCGCUGGAAACCUAGAACACUGCAUGCUGUCUGGAGUGAAGCUUUGUCUUGUCAGUGCUGGGAACCAGGGGAAGGUUUUGGAAGGAAGUUAUGGUCAAAGCUGUGCUUCCAAGGCCUGUUGGGAGGCCGGCUUGGGGUUUGUCAGGCUCCCUUUCGUGGAGGUUGUUGCCUUUUAGACUUUGGACCCUGGUCUCAUCUCUUUUGGGGGCUUGGGGGCGGGGGCGAUCGUGUUCUGAUAGUAGGUGGGUAACUUUUCUGAGGAGCAGAAAAUGCUUUUUCCAGAAGCACUUCUGGGCUCAUGGAAGGGAAAGGACAAAAGUGGGCCUGGCUGUGAUGCCAGGUGUUGGCCUUUCCUCAGGCAGCUCAGGCCUCAGAGGGAGGCUCGUGUCAGUCAGGCACCACAGUCCCCUCUGGAGCUGGAGCCUGGCCCAGGCGCUUGCCCUCUCCUGGGCAGGCUUGAUGCCAUUUUCCUGCUUAGGGCCACAGAUGGUCAGAAGGCUCUUCUUCUUCUUUUGGACUCUAACCUAAAUAUUUCCGCUGUUCUGUAAAGUCAGAUUUUUGUUGUUGCUCAUGGAAAUUUGGGGUGGGACAGAUAGGAGUUUUAGAUCACUCAGAAGACCCUUAAAGAGGUCCGUUCUCCACACGUGACUUCUUCAGCGUCCAGCCUUUUCCUCCGUCUUCUCUGGGCUGAGCACUGCUCCCCACCUCCGGCUCGGGAGUUUGGUGUGUCAGGGGCGAGACACGUUGCUCCAGGCGGGCUCCUUCUGUGAUACGUGUCACUGGGUUGGCCUCGCGGAGUACAGCGUCUGUGGCACUGAGCCCUGGGGUCCUGAGGACACCCACACGAGCUGUAACUGGAAUUUCGCCGGGCAAGCCGAUUCCCCAAAUACCUCUUCUCUCCCCUGUCGUGUCAGAAGUGCCGCCAUUAGAUGCGUCCCUUUCCCUGACCAGGACAGGGUCUCACGCUCAGACCAGCCCUGGGCAGUCAGGCGGGGUUCACACUGCACCCCUCCUUCGUCGAGGGAGCACUCAGAGCUCACUGGCUGCAGUGGUUUCUCAGCGGCGGGGCCAGUCAUUUCUUGCUCCCGUUCUCGGAGACGAAGCUCUCUAGACAGCCUGUGUCCAGAAACCCAGCUGGGGAGACUGAUGACAGGCAACCUCAGGGCCCCCGAGUCCGGGGCCUUCUUUCUGGCACCUCCCAGGAAUCGCAGGUGGCGCUGGCUGGCAGUGUGCGGUCUCCCGCCCUCAGAUGCACUUCCUUCCCGGGGGCGUACGGAAGCAAAGUGAAUGCGGACUUGAGGUGGGCGUCCUCUGCCCCCCACCCCCCGGCUUCGGGUGAGUUUCUAGUGAGGCUCGAGCCACCGUUGUCGGGCAGGUCUCCUCUGCUUCAGCCCCGGCGGGGCUCGCCUUGCAUACAGAGCCCGAAGUGUCUCUGAGCUCAGGCCUUUCCCGCCAGGCGCGGUCUGCUGGCCUGAGUGGCCGGUGGGGCCCCAGCCACACCUUCGAGAGGACGGGACAGGACAGGGAGGACGGGCUCUGUCCUAAUUAGGGUGAGGGCACUUCGGAGCAGUGAGGCUGAUGGGCCCGGCUCAGCCUGUUUGCUCCACAGCCCCACACGCUGGUCUGCGCGCCGCGUAGCAUUCGCGGAGGGGCCUGUUGGACUCGUUACCACUCCAAGCAGAGUAGGAAGGGUAGCCUGGUCUGGGGAGGAAGCGGCCAGUUCCAGACCGAGGCCCAGGCCUGUUCGAGAAGGGGCUUCCCUCACGCAGGAGUAGGGGGGCCCUGCUCAGCCUCAGCCCGGGGUGGGGAACGCAGGAGGCACGGAGAAGGCCGAGUGUAGCUGUGGGUAGAAAACUUCUCUUUUCCCACUGCACGGUUACACACAUGACAUUGGACUCCUGGCUGUAGCUUACGGUCACUCUAGUCUGGUGAUGGCCAAGGUAGUUUUUAGAUAUCAAUUUAAAAUACCUAUUUACUGUUUUUUCUGAAUACGCAAGUGUAAAUAGUAUAAUUUGCAGUGCAAAGUUCUUGGCAAUAACUUUAUGUUGUAUAUUAUGUUGAAAAACAUUGGCAAACGCGGCCGCCACGGAUUGUCCUUCCCCUCUGGGGCAAUGAUGACAUGUAGGACUCUGAACUUUAAACCUGCGGCGUGGUUGAAGCAGCAGCCUGCAUGUGUGGACUGUCACCAGUGCCUCGCCCAGAGACGCCUGGCCUUCAUCCAAAGGGACUCUCUGCCACCCCAGCGCCCACACUGUGGCUCCUCGCACUGACUGUCGGACUCUGCCGUAGACUCCCCCUCUGUCCUGCCGCUGCGGUGCGUCUGUAAUGCCCUGACAUGUUGCAUUCUCUCCACUUGGAUGAAUACAAAUAAAAGCUUCUGUCUUAAAGCCGCC